GGGCAAGAGCAGGAGCAAGUCCAGAUCAAAAUACCAAAAUGUUGAGUGCCAUUAUUGUCAUAAAAAGGGGCACUUGAUGAAAAACUGCUUCAAGCUGAAGAACAAAGACAAGAACAAGCUAGAAGGGAAAGAUGGUGAAAAUGAUCGUCAUGUUGCAGCCACAACUUCAGGUGAUCUGAUAGUUGUUUCUGAUAACGACUUGAUUAAUGUUGCCUCUGAUGAAUCAAGUUGGGUUAUCGAUAGUGGUGCCGCUUUCCAUGUGACGUCAAGGAAAGAUUUCUUCACAUCUUAUACUCCAGGUGAUUAUGGGGUAUUGAAGAUGGGUAAUGAUGGUCGUUCACAGGUUGUUGGCAUUGGAGUUGUGGUCUUGGAAACCAAAACUGGGAUGAAGUUAGUGUUGAAGAAUGUGAGACAUGCACCAGAUAUUCGCUUGAAUCUGAUAUCUACUAGUGUCUUGGAUGAUGAAGGCUAUGUGAGUACCUUUGGUGAUGGGCAAUGCAAACUCACUAAGGGUUCUCUUAUUGUGGCUCGUGGGAAGAAGUGUUCAGGUUUAUACUGGACCAAUGCUUCAGUCUCUGUUGAUUCUGUCAAUGCAGUCGAGAGUGAUAGUUCUUCAGAAUUAUGGCAUAGAAGACUCAGUCACAUCAGCGAGAAGGGUCUUGAUUGUUUAGCCAAGAAGAAUGUUCUACCUGGUUUUUUGGUCGAUCGAAGGUCCAAAGCUUGUCCGAUCGAGCUGAAAUUUUAGGAGGAGUCUAAGGACUUGUGGAGCUUCAAUCUGAACGGUGGAGAUCGAAUUUCAACGGUUCAAUCUCAAGUUAUGAGCUUCGCACCAGCUGCUGUUUUUUUGGUGAUUUCUUGCACUUUUGUUCCUCUAUUUCGAUUCUAGUGCCUUCGUAGUGUUGUUAAGGGCUAGAUAUCAUUGUGGUGUUGUUAUAUUGUGCAUUUGUACUCUCAAUUUGGUGAUAGUGAAGUUGGUUGGACCGAAGGGUCUCGUGGUUUUUUACUCUUUCACAUUGAAAGGGUUUUCCACGUUAAAAUCUCGUGCCUCAUAUCGCUUUAUUUUUGUGCUUGGAUUAUCUUGUUGCUUGGUGUUCUUUGGUGUGUUUGUUUGUUGCUCCUCACAGAUUCAUUCAAGAGGGAAAGGUGUUGAUCUUGGGCACUACACAUUC